UGCUUCUUGAGCCUAGCAUCUGCUAACGUAACACCGGCAUCACCAUGACUGACGCAGCCAUCUCUUUUGCCAAGGACUUCUUGGCCGGCGGUGUGGCCGCAGCUAUCUCCAAGACCGCUGUAGCACCUAUUGAAAGAGUCAAGCUUCUACUGCAAGUCCAACAUGCAAGCAAACAGAUCACCGCAGACAAGCACUACAAGGGCAUCAUGGACUGUGUUGUCAGAAUCCCCAAAGAACAGGGUUUCAUGUCUUUUUGGCGUGGUAACCUUGCCAACGUGAUCCGUUAUUUCCCAACCCAGGCCCUCAACUUCGCCUUCAAAGACAAGUACAAGAAGAUCUUCCUGGACAAUGUAGACAAGAAGACCCAGUUCUGGCGCUACUUUGCUGGCAACCUUGCUUCUGGUGGUGCUGCUGGGGCAACCUCCCUCUGCUUUGUCUACCCCCUUGACUUUGCCCGUACCCGUCUAGCAGCUGAUGUGGGCAAAGGCAAUGCUGAGAGAGAGUUCAAGGGCCUUGGUGAUUGCUUAGUUAAGAUCUCCAGAUCUGAUGGGAUCAAGGGCUUGUACCAGGGAUUCAACGUAUCUGUUCAGGGCAUCAUCAUCUACAGAGCUGCUUAUUUUGGCAUCUAUGAUACAGCUAAAGGUAUGCUUCCAGAUCCCAAGAACACACACAUUAUCAUCAGCUGGAUGAUUGCUCAGACUGUAACAGCGGUAGCUGGAUUUGUCUCCUAUCCAUUUGACACAGUACGUCGUCGUAUGAUGAUGCAGUCUGGAAGGAAAGGAGCUGACAUCAUGUACAGUGGAACAAUUGACUGCUGGAGGAAGAUUGCACGGGAUGAGGGCAGCAGGGCUUUCUUCAAGGGUGCCUGGUCCAAUGUUCUCAGAGGAAUGGGUGGCGCUUUUGUGCUGGUGUUGUAUGAUGAGCUGAAGAAAUACAUCUAAACUUGUCCUUGUUGAGAUGUCUGUGACCUGGCAUGCUGUAUUAUGUAACAUACCUUGAACAUUCAUGGACCUUCUUUAUUUUUUUUUGUCAAACACACCCUUAUUUAUAAAAUAUAGCUGGUAAUCUUUACUGGCUGGUAUUUUGGGAUCAGUUCUAUUACAUCUCACCAGCUUUCCACAUUAAUAAAUCAUUCCCUUUAAGUCUCUUACUGCUUUUAGUGCCUGCAACUGUGCCUCCUUGGCAGUUUUUGGCCCUUUGGCAGUGACAGGCUGAUUCAGUGGGACUCAACGCUCCUUUAUUUUUUAUUUCAGUCAUUCAUGUUUUUAAGUAACUUAGGUUUGAGGAAAUAAAAAAUACGGAUCUA